UUUCCUUGGUAGAAGAAACAUUUGAACAAGGCCUUGGACAUGAAUCUUUUUAUUUAUGUCCUACUUUUACCCAUUCGGACAAAUACUUGUUUAAAUACAAACCAAAGUGAUGAACCGUCUACUACAGCCAAGCACCGUGAAUCAAUGGAGACCAAAAUGGACAAUUUUAGGAGACAUCUACUCAUUAUCAUAAUUGGUGUUAUGAUCAUAGCUUUUGUUUAUACCUGUUUUUGCUUUCUCCAUUAUUACUGUAUGAGCGAUGAUGCCCCCAAAGCAGGAAUGGUCAAGAAAGAAGGUGUAAUGGCCAAGUCAUCUAGGUCAUCCAAAAUAUCAUUCAGUGACUCCAAGACAGUUAGUCUGUGCAGUCCAGAAAAACAAUCCAUGCUAUCCGGUAUAGACAAGCUAUCUGGGCUCUCAAGUCCAGGAAAGGCAUCCAUACCAUCCAGUGCAGAAAAGUUAAUCAGGCCUUUGAGUCAAGAAAAGUCAUGUAAGCCAUCAAGUCCCAAAAAAGUAUUCAGAUAAUCCCACCAGGAAAAGUCACAUAAACGCAGUCUAGAAAAGGCACGUAAACAGGCUCAUGCCCAUAAGCUAGUCAAUCAAGUCAGUUCAUCCUAUCCUGAUAAGGCCAAUGGGACACCUUGGCUAGCCAGUCUACAAUAUCUGGUCAGGCCAACCAAAACUCCUUGUCCACCCUAUCCACAAAAUCAAAGCUUGCCCAAGCCAUCCAGUUUACAGAAACUCACCAAACGCCACAGACAUCGUAUUCUAAAGAGGUCAGUUAGUGCAGGUAGGGCAGACAUAUUAUUUAGGCCUCAACCAGUCAAGUCUUGUCUAUGCUACAAGGAAAAAUGCCUUGUUUGCAGAGCUGCUUCUGAGUUUUUCAUCAAUAAUACUUCAGAGGCGAAGAAGAAGAAUACUCAAAACCCACCUUUUCCACGUGAACUGAAGCCUUUUUCCAAGUCCUUUCAUAAGAUAGAUUCCAGACCCAAUGCACUCUGUGGCAAUGUGAAUGACAGUGAUAUGAUGACAUACUACAGUGAUGGUGACAAUGGCAAGGAGAUAACCAUUAUCUGCAACAUAAAACGCAAGGAAGUCAUCUAUAAAACCACCCAUGAAAUAAUUAAGGAGGAACCUGAACGUUCUGCUCCAACAGCCUCAGGGCACGCCGUAAAGGGCGGUGCAAACCGGACGACGUGGGGUUGGGACGGCCAGUCUCGUGGGAAGGCUCCGGGCAUUCAGGGCUUUGCCUCACGUAUCCUUUUCACAUUUCCCACCGCGGGGAAUCUACCGAGCGCUCCUGGCCUCCACUUCCAGCCCGAGCUGAGAACCGCGGUUCGGCCCAGCGGUUUCAGCCGCUUCCUCCUUCAACCCUCUGGGCAAAUCCCGUGCGGGCGUGUGGGGGAGCUCCCAGCCCGCAAUGAGGAGGGGGCGGCUUUCAUAACUAAUCCCCCCGCCCGCGCCCCGCCCCGCUCCGCCCCGCCCGCGCUGGGGUCUCUACAGCGCCCUGCUGGUCCCGGCUCCUCGCGCAGACCCCGGCUCCGCCCCGCCGGGAAGCGGGGAGCCCGGCUGUCUGGCGGGUUCAGGGCGGGCCGGCAGGCUGCACCGUGGCUCCCCAGCUCGGGUGCGAGACGAAAGCGCCGGGCGGGCGACGCGGCUGCCGCGGACUGA